UGGAACCAAGGAGUCCAAAGAACUAAAACAGAUAUUGCACUGCUCUGCCUUGGGAAUAGAAACCUCCAUGGUGGCAUCUUUACACACACUUGAGAAGGGAGUCUGUUUGUAGUGGGGAAACCCAGGAGUUUUAGAUUGCUUCAAAAAGAUUAAAGGAAGAGUGCAGUCAGUUCUCCAAGCAAAAGCAAGUCCCAGGUCCCCAUGGCCAGAUACAACAAAUGUCCAACAGCAGCUCCGUCAGCCACUUUCUCCUGCUGGCACUGGCAGACAUGUGGCAGCUGCAGCUCCUGCACUUCUCCCUCUUCCUGGGCAUCUCCCUGGCUGCCCUUCUGGGCAACGGCCUCAUCAUCAGUGCCGUAGCCUUCAGCCACCACGUGCACACACUCAUGUUCUUCUUCCUGCUCAGCCUGGCCCUCACUGACCUGGGCUCCAUCUGCACCACUGUCCCCAAAGCCGUGCACAAUUCCUUCUGGGAUACCGGGAACAUCUCCUACUCAGGGUGUGCUGCACAGCUCUUUUUCUUUAUGUUCUUUAUCUCAGCAGAGUUUUCCCUCCUGACCGUCAUGUGCUACGACCGCUAUGUGUCCGUCUGCAAACCCCUGCACUACAGGACCCUCCUGGGCAGCAGAGCUUGUGCCCACAUGGCAGCAGCUGCCUGGGCCAGUGCCUUUCUCAACGGUCUGCUGCACACAGCCAAUACAUUUUCCCUGCCCCUGUGCCAGGGUAAUUCCCUGGGCCAGUUCUUCUGUGAAAUCCCACAGGUCCUCAAGCUCUCCUGCUCCAGAUCCUUUCUCAGGGAACUUGAACUCAUUGCUGUUAGUGCCUGUUAGGAUUCGGCUGUUUUGUGUUCAUUGUUUUCUCCUAUGUGCAGAUCUUCAGGGCUGUGCUGACGAUCCCGUCUGAACAGGGACGGUACAAAGCCUUUUCCACUUGCCUCCCUCACUUGGCUGUGGUCUCCCUGUUCCUCAGCACGACAUUCUUUGCCUACCUGAAGCCCCUCUCCAUGUCAUCCCCAUCCCUGGAUCUGGCAGUGUCAGUUCUGUAUUCAGUGGUGCCUCCUCUCCUGAACCCCCUCAUCUACAGCCUGAGGAAUCAGGAGCUCAAAGCUGCAGGGUGGAGAAUGAUGAAUGGAUGCUUUCAGGAACAUUAAACUGCUGGCCAAUUUCUGAAAAUCACUUGUAAAAAAAGUUAGCUUUGAUAUUUCUCCUUGGUUUGGUUGUGGGGUUAUUUUUCCUUUGUUUUAUGUUUUACCAUAUUGUUCAAUAAAAAAGCCAGAGUGUG